AUGUCUGAACGUUACAUUGAUCAAGUUCCGACGUCGCCCACAUGCUCAAUCUCUUCAUUCGAGUUCAUACCAUCUCCGCACAAUAAGAUCGCUUCACUACAUGGACCACCAAAAUGGCACUAUGAUUAUAAACCACCAAAGGAAGCGAAGAAGGCUGAUGGGGAUGCAUUCCAAUCCUCUCACGCAGACACACAUUCUCAGGGUGUUGAAUUCCCAACCCUGACUCCACAAGAGUCUCAGGAUAUCUAUUCUCCGAAUGUGGAAUGCUUGAAUACCGUGGGCUGCAUUACAGAUUAUGGCCACAAUAUCAACCCGUUAAGGUACCCGCCUUUUAGUGAUGGAGGACGGUUCAAUAAUCCUUCUCAGAGUCUCGCUGCAACAGGACACUACGUCAGCCCCGCGGUUCCUUUUCCAUAUAUGAGCACAGGGGCUAGUUAUCCACAAUCUUUCCCACCACCACCAGGUUUCAAGACAUUCAAAACCUGUCUUCCUCAAUCUCUGAUCGCAUCGGCACCCGCUCUCACUCUAGAUAGGCCAUUCAACCCCUCCACAGCGACUGCGGAGCAGAUUGCAGCUAAAUUGAUGACUCCACCAUCGCAUUUUAUAUCUCCACAGAGGACUGUCCAAAUCAGCCUGCCAUGGGUAGUGGAAGUUGUGGGUUCGAAACACCUAGAAUUCAGCCAGAAAAUCCAUCGUAUCAUCUUGAAGAAGGAUUCUGAGCUGCGGACUCGUGGAGCUGAAUUUGGGUUGUUGCCAGAGUAUGUUCUCUGGUUGUGUGGGGAUGAAGGUCAUCGGACUAACGUUUUGCGACCGCCUUGUUGGAAUUGGUGUUGGGAGUUUAUUCUAAUACUUGGGCUUAAAGGUAGCUUGCAAUAUAAUGAAAUGCAUCCUAACUUUAAUGCAGCUAUGGAUGAAAUGUGGUCGAAUGACUUGAAGAUGAGGUGCUGUCGUAAGACACAGCAUAUUGCGGGAACGAAACCCCCUUGUGGCGGUAUGCGAGAGGUUAAAAGCAUCGACGAGGGUGAUUUAAUUUCAUAUUCCAACGCCACGCAGAAUACAAAUUUAGAAGUGCCGUACGUUGAGAUCACAAUCUUGAAGGAUUCAAACUCCUGUCUUGUCAAACGUCCCCCCCCUGAUCUGUUUGUAUCCAGUAAUCUAUGCCACGGCAUAGGCCACCAGCAUUCUUUACCUGAAACUGCUCGAAGAAGCCAGAAUAAAGCAUUUGAUGGUCGAGUAAACGGACCAGAUGCGAACGUGCAGGUUUCCACAACUCUUGAUCUAAAUCGAAUUUGUACAAAUGGCCUACGGAAGAGGAGCGAAAUUGGCAAACAGAUUUCCGAACACCUUUCUCGCCCACUGGCUAGACAGAAGAGACAUGUUUCCGCAUGUAGUUUCUUUGCCUUGGAAAGUCCCGACCUUAGUGCACUUCCAGCAGGACUAGCAAACGUCAUUUACGCCCCUAGCAGCUCCGCCCCACUUAGAGCUCGGACAGCGCUACGAGAAUUUGGUGCCCAUGAUCCCCUCCUAGAAAUACAACAGGCCAUUCUUCCUCAUAAGAAGACGUUGGUCCCAGUACGAAAGGAGCAACACUCUCAAGCUACAUCGUCAAGCUGUGAUUGUGCAUAUGGCAAGAUUGCUCACCACAACCCUCUGCCACCCUUAGAUGCUUCACUGGUGUUGGUUUCCAAGAGGCUCCACCUUUUCGUCGUCGGGGUACGGUAUGUUGGUAAUUUGCAGGCACCCCGACUAAUCCCUAACCCGCGCCAAACGUCUCUCAAUCCUACCGCCACCCGGUCCAUUUCUGCGGGGUCUGGAGUACCUCCACAACUAAAUGAAACCGUUCUGCAGCAUUUGCCAACGCUAUCUACACCCAUAGAUAUCCGCUGUACUUUUCAGAACUGGAUUGCCACUUGCAAGAUCCGAACGACGAACCUUGGCAAAAGGAUGACGCUGCCCCCCUUGACAUCUAGUGCGCUCAUUCACUGGUCAAUGGACGCGGUGUUCUUUGGAAAGGCUUCGAAAUCUGAACUCAUAGCCUGGCGCUUGUUUGGGUGGGGAUACAGGACUACUGGUACUUCUGCGGAAGGAUACGCCCAAGAAGCCGAACGGGAACAAGACGGCAAGGCUGAUGUGGAAGAUGGUAGUGAUAGCAAGGAGUGGGCCAAAGGAAACACAGAGGAGCGGCUACGGAUCCUGACAAUCAAAAGGGUUCUAUCCGUGAACUUGCGAUAUUUUCCAUCAAACAAUCUACGAACGGAAGACUUUCACUUCCUUAAUUUCAUUGCCAUUGAAGGAUCUUUCAAUCAGAAAGAUCAUUGUAGCAAUUUACACGAACUAUAUUGCAGUGAUUGCGUCGCUCCCGACCGACAUUCCGGGCCUGAAUAUCAAACUAUAUUCUUCGCGUAUUUAAGCCCAUCACAAGGCAGAGUGAUUCCCAUUCUCGGACGGCUGCCACAAGUGAACGCACGUGAGUAG